CUAUGUUAUCUUUAUCCUAGUACUAAUAUUUCUAUCCCACUCUGUCUCUCUCUUUAUCAUCACUUUCUUCUCUUACACAGACAGAUUCUUCAAGAUUCUUUGUCCGAAAAGAUUCACAAUUUACAAUCUUAUACAUAUGUACACACAUUUGUAUGUAUGUUUUGUAGUAUCACAUGUUUGUAUGUGGAUAAAGAGGUAGCAGAGCCAUGUUUUGUCUGCUGCCACAGUUUAAGUGUCUGCCUCACUCUUUUUACAUCAACUCAAAUACCCAUCAUCAAUCUUCCUCUCAAUUCUAUAGAUAUAUACAUGUUAGUAGCUUUCAGAGGCAAAGGUUGGCGACAGUAGCAACAGUGCUUGAAAAGGCACAUUUAGAAGAUUAUCUCAAAUCAGCUUCUACUAAUAGACCUUUGUCAAUAUCAGCAUCAACAGCAACCCCAGUGCUUGAUCUGGAAUUAGAAUCCCAUUCUAGCUCAGCAAUUGCUACUAAACCAUGGACUUAUAGCAGUGCAAUAGGUCCCCACACUGAGCAGGCAAAUUUUGGAGCAAUUUCAACCAGCGAAACUCUUGUUUCAAAAGACGAGACAACUAUAGCUGCUGCAGCUGCUGAAGCAGUAGCUCUGGCAAAAACAGCUGCAAAGGUCGCAAAGGAUGUUGCAGCAAUGGUUAACCUUUAUAAAUCAACGAAACCUUUUACUGAUGCUGACAGCUCCCUGUUUGAUGGGACUCGAAUGACUCAGCUAAGAGAAACAGUUCAACUGGGGCAAUUAGGAGUACUAGAAAAAUCUGAAUCUGACGUAGAAUUGGAUGACGAGGAGCCAACACUUGAAGACCUUGAGAUUCUCCAAGAAGAACUGUCUCAGAGUAUAGCUGUAAGAUCUAGCCGUCAACCAGAAAGACAAGCUAAACGAGCAAGAGCAGCAGAGAGGACUUCAGUGGGUGUUGUAUCUGUGACAUCUGGUUCAACAAGCAAAAAGAAACGUUCCCCUGUGCAAGAGAUAGACUACUCUGACCCGUUGCGUCACUUGAGAGGCAGUACCAGUUCCAAACUGCUCACAGGAAGAGAAGAAAGGGAGCUAUCGAGAGGAAUACAGAUUCAUCUAAAACUAGAGAAACUGUAUGAUGAAUAUAAAGAACGUUACGGGAGUGAGCCCAAUUACAUGCAGUGGGCUGCUGCAGCAGGCAUUGAUCAGUUGACCCUAAGAAAAAACAUAACCUAUGGUAAAAUCUGCAAGGACAAAAUGAUCAAGAGCAAUAUACGGCUUGUUAUUUCUAUUGCUAAAAAUUAUCAAGGAGUUGGGAUGAAUCUUCAAGAUCUUGUUCAGGAAGGUUGUCGAGGACUUGUACGAGGGGCAGAGAAGUUUGAUGCUUCCAAGGGAUUUAAAUUCUCAACCUAUGCUCACUGGUGGAUAAAACAAGCAGUUCGAAAGUCUCUUUCUGAUCAGUGUAGAACAAUUCGAUUACCAUUUCACAUGGUCGACGCGACAUAUAAGGUAAAGGAGGCCAAAAAGCAAUUAUUCAAUGAAAAUGGAAAACAUCCAAGCAACGAAGAAGUUGCAGAAGCGACGGGUCUCUCGAUGAAGAGGCUCGAGGCUGUUUUACUAACACCUAAAACUCCUCGAUCUCUUGAUCAGAAGUUUGGGCUCGACUAUAUGAAACCUUCAGAAGCCAUAUCAGACCCUGAAGCUAAAACAUCGGAAGAGUUGUUAAUUAAGCAGCUAAUGAAGGAGGACCUGGACAAGGUGCUGGAUACGUUAAACCCAAGAGAGAGACAGGUUGUAAGGUGGCGAUUCGGACUAGAUGAUGGGAGGAUGAAAACACUGCAAGAGAUCGGAGAGAUCAUGGGUGUAAGCAGGGAAAGAGUCAGGCAAAUUGAAUCAUGUGCCUUCAGAAAAUUGAAAAAUAAAAAGAGAACCAAGAAUCUGCAUCAGUAUCUGGUCUCCCACUAAUUUCUUGCAGAAGUUUAGAGGUGCUAUGCUAAAUUUCCAUCAGUACCAGAGUUAUGCAAUGCAAUUUUUAGUGUAUAGGAACAAAAUUUUGAGUUAGAGCAAAUUUUAAAAUUCACACAGGAGGUUUAAAAUACACGGAGAUUCUUGUAGUAAACAUAAUUGUUUCAGAAUUUUGUAUAUUUGUUUUGACUAAAGUUUUAAAAUAACAUAUAUUCAACUUUUAAGAUAAA